AUGAAGGUGAUGUUGAUGGGAUGUCCACAAAUAGCCCAACUACUUAUUGAGCAUGGUGCAGACCCUACAAUCCCUGACCCAUCAACUGGCACAUGCCCAGCUCAUGAUGCCAUUCGUGAAGGAUUUGUGGACACACUUGUUGAAUUCUUAAAUGGAGGAGCAAGUUUAUACAGCCCUUUGGACAUCUAUAAGAAACGUCCCAUUGAUCUGGCUUCAGAUUUCGUUAAGGAAAAACUGAUUCAGCUAGGAAUCCUACCUCAAUGA